UCUUUUUUCUCUCCCGCUUUGUAAUUGUAGGGCAUAAUAAUUUUCCCAUUUCCCUUCUCACUCCAAACCCAAACCAACCACCAAGAUCUCUCUCUCUCUCUGUCUCUCUCUGUCUCUCUCUCGAUAUGUCUCAGGUCGAUAACAGAAAUUCCUCGGCGGCUAAGCGUGCUAGAACUGAUGGCAGUCGCCGGGAAGAUGAUUGGACCUGCCCUAGCUGUGGAAAUGUCAACUUUUCAUUUAGAACAACUUGCAAUAUGCGUAAUUGCACUCAGCCAAGGCCAGCUGAUCAUAACUCCAAAUCUGCUGCUAAGCCUGUCCAAGCCCCACAAGGUUACACAUCAUCUGCUCCUUAUUUGGGUUCUGGUGCACCAUCUUCAAUGUAUCUUGGCAUGCCACCGUAUGGUUCUUCUCUCUUCAAUGGAUCAUCUAUCCCUCCAUAUGAUGUUCCAUUUUCUGGGGGCUCAGCAUAUCAUUACAACUACGGAAGCCGUUUAUCUACAGGCAGCCCUUACAGACCUUUGCAUUUUUCUGCACCAGCACCUUAUUCAAGUGGAUCAAUGAUGGGUAAUGGUGGGAUGUAUGGUAUUCCCCCAAUGAUGGAUCGGUAUGGCCUGGGUCUUCCCAUGGGGCCGGCAGCUUUGGGGCCAAGGCCUGGAUUUUUUCCAGACGAUAAAUCUCAAAAGAAGGGUACAGACGCCACACGUGAUAAUGACUGGACAUGCCCAAAAUGUGGAAAUAUCAACUUCUCAUUCAGAACCGUUUGCAACAUGAGAAAAUGCAACACUCCAAAGCCUGGUUCUCAGGCAUCAAAGUCUGACAAAAAUUCUAAACAAAAGAUGCCGGAAGGUAGCUGGAAGUGUGAGAAAUGUAAUAACAUUAACUAUCCAUUUAGAACGAAGUGUAAUAGACAGAACUGUGGGGCUGAUAAGCCAGAUGAGUCAAAGAAGUCCCCUUCCCAAACACCUGAAGAAAAUGAUCAGUGAGUUCUAGGACAUGUUUGAGGGUUGAGAAGGUCCAGAGUCGUCCGGCAUUGCUCAAUGUGGGUGUCUGAAAGUCAGUCUUGUCGUCCUCAUGUUGCAGCGGUUGUCAAGUUACUCUACCUUUUCAGGAUAUGUGUCAAGUUGUAUUCUAUUGCUAUGGUAUUUGUGGUCUUUGUGGAUCAUACAAUGCAUCUUGUGUCGGCCAGUAUGAUCUGGCAAAGAUUUACAGGUUGGUUCUGGUUUCUAAUAGUUAGUCCGUUGUACUUUUUGGAAUCUACUCAUCUAUUCUGUAGUGGGUAAAUUGCCGUGCAUGUUAGAAAUGUUCCCAUUAGCUGAA